AUGACGUCCAUCUCAACGCAUACAGCAGAGGCAUCAGCAGACCAACCGACUCGGUCAUUAUCAAUUGGAACUCUUGAUAAUGAUAUCCCUGCCCACCGGUUCUUCCACGUUGUUGACGCUCGACACUGGCACCAAGUCGAAACAUUUCACCGUUAUCGGGAUAUCAGUCUUUCUGCGCAGCGACACGCAGAUAUUUACAUGGCUAACCUGAAGCACAUUAGUGUCCAUGAUGGUGCCCCUGAGCCCCUCCGCAAAAUGGCGUCAGAAUUGGUGAAGCACUUCAAAAAUGACGAGUUUGUGGACAAGUUUUUAAAGAGCACUGACAAGGUUGGCGAAAGGCGUGCAACACAUGGAGUUCGAAACAUGGUCUUUGGCGUUACAGAGAAUGCCAGUACUUCGCCCGGAACAAAACCUUUGAAACGCCUCGAGUCAAAACCACCACCAAUUUCGAUAGUCGCAGCGAAACCAUCAGGACCUUCAUCGUCAUCCUCAGCUUCCUCACCUUUCACAUAUUCUGCACCAGCUCCACUGCCAUCGUCCUCUCCGUCGUCUUCAUCCACUCCGUCGUCUUCAUCCGCUCCGUCGUCCUCGUCAACAGGAACAUUGUCACCAAAGCGCAAGAGAAAAGGCAGUAUUGUCGAGACCGAGGAGCCUUGGCGAUCGCUCAUGCACUGCUUGAUAAAAAUCCUCGCUGUGGAUUCUUUGAAAAUGUACGAGGCACAACACAGCAAGGAGAGAGACAUCACUCUCGUGAAGGAUGCACAGACUCUUCAGGUUUUGAUGCAGCUCUGCAAGUUUGUGAUCCGACCGCACUUUGGGAAGAAGGCGCCGUCAGAGAACGACAUCCUUAUACUGUGGGUCUCGAAGGUCAUGUUGGCAUCAAAGGCUGUGAGACAAAUGCAGUCUUCAGAGUUUGGGGAUCCUUCGGAUUGUGGCCGCAAGGCUGACUGCCUUUUCAUGUUUGGGGAGAUCGAGCUUUCUAAUAUUGAAUUCAAAAGAGAUAACAUCGAUGAGACGGAAAUUCGUGUACAGAACAGGAAGAAUGUGCGUCUAGGCCGAUGCCUACAGGAAUCUCAAGCGGCGUAUGGUGUUGAGGCGCCAUCAGUGUUGAUGGCAGACGUUGCCGAACCAUCUGGAGGCACAAGGCCCGAAGUUGAAGAUGUGGAAGGAGCGACACGAGGCAGCGAUUUCCAAGAUAAAGCUGGACCAGAGGCUCUCGCACCGGGAGACUGA